UUUAAAAUAAAGUAGAGCGUGUUUGUUUUGGGUUUCAGAGAAAGAAAUAUGAGAAGUUUAGGAGAAGCAACGAGAAUGCAGUACUUUACAAUGAAGCAAAUCAAUCUGUCGCGUUUACCGACGAGGCGCUUGAAAUUAUCUACGCAAAACGUCGCCGUCGAACGGCGCCAAAUGCGCGACGGACGCGGUGAUACUUCGUCACGUGUCACCGACUCCGUCGAUUAAAAAGGGGAGGAAAACGGAAAUUAAACGGCGAUUAUCGCCAGUUAUCACACGCUUGACUCACGUAGCCCGCUCGUUGCGGAAAUUGCACGGAGUUCGCGACAAAGUUGGGUGUGCAACAUGACGCAGACCAUUGCUGUCCUGUCUAUGAUUCCUAGGUUAUCUUACCACCUGCGCUCGCAGUUGCCGAAUCUGCGCAUUUCGAACGUAUCACCAGGUAACGGACAAGUUGAUACUUUAUCCAAACUCAAUGAGGCAGAAAUAUUAAUAGCUGACUGUGAUUUAUUAAUACCUUAUGCAAACAAGUUGACAUCGAUCAAAUGGAUACAGGCGACCUGGGCUGGUUUGGAUAAAUUCAUCCCACAUGUGCAAAACACGCGAAGAGAUUAUAUAUUGACUCGUUUCUCAGGCGAGUCAUUUGGUCUAGCCAUGUCUGAGUACGUGAUAGCGCAAAUUGUCAACUACGAGCGUGACCAGAGACAACAAUACGAGAAUCAAAGGCUUGCUGAAUGGAAACAAGAAGGCAGAUUGAUAAAUCACAGAUUUAUACAUGAUUUAACCAUAGGUAUCUUAGGAAUAGGAACAAUAGGAAAGUCGGUUGCAGAGAAGUUAAAGUUAUUUGGCGCAAGUAUCUGGGGAAUGACACGUACCGUUCCGAAAGAGAAAUUACCAUACCUCGAUGAACACAGAACCGUAGAUAAUUUGCCGGACAUCCUGAAAAAUUGCGACUACAUCAUUAAUGUGUUACCUUCAACUCAGGAUACAAUAGGACUUUUAAAUGGCAACGUCUUGGAACAUUGCAAAAGCAAGAAUGCAGUUUUCAUGAACAUAGGCCGGGGUUCCGUUAUUAAAGAAACGGAUCUAAUAAAUGCUCUUGAGCAGAAGUGGAUUUCAGCUGCUAUUUUAGAUGUGUUUGAAAAAGAGCCAUUGCCAAAGGAGAGCAAGUUAUGGAGCCUUCUACAAGUAACAAUCUCACCACAUAAUUCAGGUAUAACAACUGCUCAUAAUGUUGCGAAGCUAUUCGCCGCGAAUUAUGCUAGAUAUGUAAAUGGAGAAAGUAUGAUAAAUGUGUUUGAUUUUAAUAAAGGUUAUUAAAGGUUUAGGAUUAUACAAUGUUUCAUCACGAUAACAAGAAGCAUACACACAAUAAAUAUUUAUUGUUAAAAUAUACGUACAGAUUGAAAGAAAUAUGUUUUAGAUAUCUUGAGCUUCGUAAUUGUUUCUGAUAAAGUUUAAGUCACAUAUAACUUAAUCUUAUACUUAUAUAAUUUUCCAAAAAAUAAAAUGCCUAUCAUUUUUUAUACAGUUCUUUAAGAUACGUAUCUUUAGAUUCAAACUAUCUAUUAAAUAUAGAUAUCUCUGUCAUAAAAUUCGCAAAA